UCUGUGUGGGUGAGCCGGCGCGGGCUGCUGGCGCUGGGGCUGUUCCAGGGCGAGUGGGUGCGGGUGGGCGCCGAGGGGGCGGCCCGCGAGCACCUGGCGGCGCUGCUGGCCCGACCGCCGCCAUGGGAGUACCCGCGGGCCGCCCGCCGCUGCCCGGCCGACGGCGCCGCGCUGCUGGACCCCGCCCUGGCCUUCAACCUGGGCUGCGACCCCGCUGCUGCCGCCCACCUCCGCCUGCAGAGGUACGAAAGGACCGGCGCGGCGGAUGGGAAGGGCAGCCGGUCUGUGCUUUCCGUGCCUCCUUUCGCCAAAGAGCUGCACCUAGAGAUCAUCUGCUCGCCGGCCUACUGCGCCCAGGGAGGCUACAGCCGCGUGCUCUACAGGCACUUCGAAAUGCCCCGGCUGGCCCAGGAGGGAGACAUCCUGUGUGUUCCAACAUUUGGAAAUACUGAAUUUAUAGAAGCAAAUGCAGACAAGUUCCUAAGGUGGCCAGAGCUUUAUUUCAAAGUGAAGAAGAUUUUAGGCAUGGUGGAAGGCGAGCAGUCUGAGGGUUACCUGGUGGACACCCAGAACACUUCUCUUUAUCUGGUGGGUUCAACAAACAGCGCUGUCCCAUCUGCCCCAGCCUAUAGCAGCCAUGAGUUUUGGAGCAGUUUGUCUCCUGCUGGACUUUCUGAUGUUGUGAAGCAGCUCUGUGAUGCUCUUCGUCCUCACCUAAACAGUCGGGUAAGUGCUCUGAGCAGCAGCACCAGCGUUCUCCUCUCGGGGCCAAGCGGCAGCGGGAAACUUAUGGCUGUCAGAGCUGUGUGUAGCUGCCUCAACCUCCACAUCUUCAAGGUUGAUUGCGUUAGUUUGUGCAGUGAUACCAGUGCAGCCACAGAAGAGAAAGUACAGAUGGCCUUCACCCAGGCCCAGCAGUACCAUCCGUGUGUGCUCCUGCUGAAAGACAUCGAAGUGCUUGGCAGAGACCGAGAUGGGCUGAGGGAGGAUGCCAGGGUCAUUGCUACUCUGAGGCAGCUGCUCCUGGACAGAGACCCAGCACUGAGCCAUCCUGUCCUGGUGAUUGGCACAACCUGCAAGCCCCAGGAUGUUCCUACAGACUUGCAGAGUGCUUUCCUUCACGAGGUGAAAAUUGAAGCCCCUUCAGAAGAGCAGAGGAGGUUGAUGCUGAGCAUGCUGACUGCUAGUCUGUCUCUGGGCAAAGAAGUGAGCCUAUCCAAGCUGGCCCGUAGGACUGCCGGCUUUGUGCUGGGAGAUUUCUGUGCCUUGUUGUCCCACAGCAGCCGAGCUGCUUGUACCCGCAUCCAAGCCUUGAGUUUUCCAGGCGGACUGAGUGAAGAAGUGGAGAGAGAUUUUUGCACUGCUGGGUUCCCAGUGCUUGAGGAGGAUUUUAGUGUUGCGCUGGACCAGCUGCAUGACACCCAUUCACAGGCAGUGGGAGCCCCAAAGAUCCCCUCGGUGUCCUGGCAGGAUGUUGGUGGGCUACAAGAGGUGAAGAAGGAGAUACUGGACACUAUCCAGUUGCCUUUGGAGCACCCAGAGCUGCUGUCGCUGGGUCUGUGCCGCUCUGGUCUGCUGCUGUAUGGGCCUCCAGGGACAGGGAAGACCUUGCUGGCAAAAGCUGUGGCAACAACAUGCACCAUGACAUUCCUUAGCGUGAAAGGGCCAGAGCUCAUCAACAUGUAUGUCGGGCAAAGCGAAGAGAAUGUGCGCAAUGUGUUUGCCAGAGCCAGGGCAGCUGCUCCCUGUAUUAUCUUCUUUGAUGAACUGGAUUCCCUGGCCCCAAGUCGUGGGCGAAGCGGAGAUUCAGGGGGUGUCAUGGAUAGAGUUGUCUCACAGCUCCUGGCAGAGCUUGAUGGCCUUCACUCCACCAGAGAUGUGUUUGUCAUUGGAGCCACGAACAGGCCUGACCUCCUGGACCCAGCUCUGCUCCGGCCAGGCAGGUUUGACAAGCUGGUCUAUGUGGGCAUAAACGAAGACCGGGAGUUGCAGCUGCAGGUGCUGAGUGCCAUCACCAGGAAGUUUAAACUGGAUCCCUCUGUGAAUCUCACCACCAUCCUAGAAAAAUGCCCAGCUCAGCUGACAGGAGCAGACAUCUAUGCGCUGUGCUCAGACGCCAUGAUGUGCGCUGUCAAACGCAAGGUGGAAUGGAUUGAGGAAGGGCUGGAUACCGAGAGCUCUGCUCUGAUCCUGACCAUGGAAGACUUUCUGCAGGCUGCUACGAGGUUGCAGCCAUCAGUCUCUGAGCAGGAGCUGCUCAGGUACAGACUCAUCCAGCAGAAGUUUGCAGCCUGCUAAUGCUCAGCAAAGCUGGGACUAGAGGAGUGAUGAGAACAGGCCCAAAAAGACACCCACAUGCUCUUCUCUGAUGCCUCCUGGGCCCCCUUCUUUCGGGCUUGGGUGGAAAUAGUGGCUGUGCAGUUUCCUGAGCCAAAGCCUGAUAGAAAUGCUGCACUGCUCAGCCAGGAGGGUGGUGGGUCCCUCACAUCUGGUGCAGCGCAUGGUGGCUGCUGGGAGCAUGGAUGACUUCCUCCUGGGGAGGAAGCUGAAUCCCACGGUUGUGGGCAAUUGUAGGAGUGUCUCCAUGGGUGACAAGGCAUUGGUAGGGGAGCAAGACACAAACUGCAUCCAGUUGGUCAGCAAAGCGCAGGGCUGGAGGCAGCUGCUUGUUGGGGUGUCAGCCCCUCCCCAGUGAGGGGUGCUGGCUGGAGGGCAGCAGCACACUGCUGCUCCAGCUGGCCUGGACUUACUGUAGUCUCUGAAUAAAAUACAGAGGUUUUAGCACUAGGUA